GCUGCGUCCUCCCCUCGCUGAGCCCGGCCGGGUCCCCGCCGCUCCGCAGGGAAGUUUCGAUCUUGCGACGGGAGCAAUUUGUGGCGGCUUGGCUUUAUUUUUUCCUCCUUCCUUUGCUCCCCCCCCCUCCCCUGCCCGGGACCGGGCUGGGUUUAGCGCCCCCCCCCCGCCCCCUUCUUGCCAGAGAGGCUCCCGCCUCCUCCUUGGGCGUUAAACUUUUGGUGGCGGAUCUCCGCGGACUCUUCAAGCAGCGUCUGGAGCAGACGGACGGGCGGUGACCUUCAUCUCCCGCUUGCCCCCUCCUCUUCCUCCGCCCCCCCCCCCGCCGGGCUCCCUUCCUCCCCCCGCGCCCCGGGGAGACUGGGGACUCCCUGCGGAUGCCCGGCUCGCCGAGGCUGGAUUGGGGGGCUCUGCUAGUCUCCGAGGAGCUCCGUGUCUGCCCUGCGCUCCCCCCCCCCCCCACACCCCGUUUGCUCCCUGCCCGCUUGGAAAGUCCCGGCUGCCCAGGAUGGGGGUCGGCGGGUGCUUGGUCGUGCCCUGGAGAUGCCUCGCCGUCCUCUGUCUCAGGCUGCUCUUCCUUGUGCCCGCAGGCGUGCCCGUGCGCAGCGGAGAUGCCACCUUCCCCAAAGCUAUGGACAACGUGACCGUCAGGCAAGGGGAGAGCGCCACCCUCAGGUGUACUGUGGACGAGAGGGUCACGCGAGUAGCCUGGUUGAACCGUAGCACCAUCCUGUACGCUGGAAAUGACAAGUGGUCUAUAGACAACCGCGUGGUCAUCCUAUCGAACACGAACACCCAGUAUAGCAUCAAGAUCCAUAAUGUGGACGUGUACGACGAGGGGCCCUACACCUGCUCCGUGCAGACAGACAAUCACCCGAAGACCUCACGAGUGCAUCUGAUCGUGCAAGUUCCUCCCCAGAUUAUAAACAUCUCAUCAGACAUCACAGUGAACGAAGGUAGCAGCGUAACUCUCAUGUGCCUGGCCUUUGGGAGACCAGAGCCUACGGUGACAUGGAGGCACCUGUCUGGAAAAGGCCGGGGUUUUGUGAGCGAAGAUGAGUACUUGGAGAUCUCUGGGAUUACCCGGGAUCAGUCCGGGGAGUACGAGUGCAGCGCUGUCAAUGACGUGGCCGCUCCAGAUAUCCGGAGAGUAAAAGUCACCGUAAACUACCCACCGUAUAUCUCCAACGCCAAGAACACUGGCGCCUCGGUGGGCCAGAAGGGAAUCUUGCGCUGUGAGGCCUCCGCCGUCCCUGUUGCAGAAUUUCAGUGGUUUAAAGAAGAAACCAGAUUAGCCAAUGGGCUGGAUGGAGUGAGAAUCGAGAACAAAGGUCGAAUGUCCACGCUGACCUUCUUCAAUGUCUCUGAGAAGGAUUACGGCAACUACACCUGCGUGGCCACUAACAAGCUGGGGAACACCAAUGCCAGUAUAAUUCUGUACGAAAUAAGUGAACCCACAGCACUGACAGGCCCUGGAGCAGUGCAUGACAGCAGUAACGCAGCUUCCAGAGCAGUGGCCUGCCUCUGGCUAUCGGGCACCCUCCUCGCUCACUUCCUCAUCAAGUUUUGAUAAGAAAGCAAAGGGUCCUCGGAGGCGACACCUGGCUUCUCCCAUACCACAGACUUUACUCUCUACACUGCGGGGGCAACAACCAGUUUUACCACUUGAACGUACUACCGGGUGGGGAUGGGAGAGGGGAAGGGGGAAAAGGGUUCAGACCGCCUGUUGGGGGAUAAGUCAUGGGCGUUUCCCAAAGCGAAUCACUUCUUCUACCCCGGCCCCGCCCUCAACCCUAUUUAUAAACCUAUCCUAACGUUAAGCGUGUCUCGGCCGAACCUGUUCAAAUUGCCCCCGGAGAUGUGUCUUGGUUUGAGGGACGACACACAGUGGAAGUCAAAAUGAGUCAAACUGUCCUAUUACCUAUUAUCUCUGUCUCUCUUAAGCAAAAGGAUUGUUCUUUCUACUUGUUAACACUGUACAUACCUGUUCAUGUUGAUAAGUGUCCUAUUACACUCGGGCUUCACCUGGCAUCCAUCUGGAGGGAUGUUUUAAUAAAUCCACCCCCUGCUCCCCCGCCAACACCUGGGCUCUUGCAACAACUGCAGUAAGUGGCGGCUGUGAAUGGCCAUAGUGAUAGUGCAUUUGAACACUGACAAAGGAUUUGAGAUCUCUUGGAGUGCAGAAAGGGAAAAGCUAGGGGACACUGUUCUCCCCUCUUGCUAAAACUGAUGGCUGAGGGGCUAAUACAAACAGAUAAAUAGACAAAAUGGUGAGUCAUCCAUCUCCUCAUCAAUCAAGUAAUCAUGGAGCCAUUCUAUCCUCCAUCUAUCCUAUUCAUUCAUCCAUCUAAUUAGCUAUCCAUCUGGCUUUCUAUCUCACCAUCUCUUUAAUGUAUUUAUCAAUUUAUCAAUGUAAUUAUCUGUGCUUCUAUCCAAAUCUCUCUUUCUCUGCUCUUCAUCCAUCAUCAGCGUAAUCAUCUCUAUUGAGUCACCUAUUAUCUAGCCAAGUUUCUAUCACGCUCCCUCCAUCCAUUUAGUUCUUUCUAUUUGUCUGUUCAUCUACCUGUUACAGUGGAGGAUACUGAGAAAUUUCACAAUAUUACAUUUAUACUGUGGUAGAACAGAACUAUUGGCCAAUAAAGCUGAGCAAUAUUUGGCCAUUUGGGCACGUCUCUGACAAUUCAAAGCACGAUAAUGCAGUAAAAAUCCUUCACUUAGCUCCCCCCUCCAAAGAAAAAAUAGAGAUCCGUUUUCUCCUACUUCCCCAAAUAUAUACUCUCUUUAAAGUAAGCAACACCCCUCACUCCACCCCAAUGCUGGUCAUGAUCUUUUGCCUUUAAGAACCAAUGUUUUAUAUCUGCUAACAGGUGCUUGUACUGCUGUUUUUCCCAUGGGGAUGCAUCCAGUUUCUUUAAGAAAAGUCCUACUUAUCAUUAGUUAUGGCAAUUCCAAACAAGAUGUUCACUACCCGUCUGGGAGAGCCAGACGCAAUCUGGCUAUCACCUGACUGGCACUUCUACACUCACUCCCUUUCCCAGCCCAAUCCUCAUUUGCUCUGUUAGGAAUCCAUCCAGUCAGAAGCUGACGGAGGCCAAUUAUUUGCUAGUGUGUUGACAUCACUCUUGUAUUUGUUUGGGAACCUCUUAUGAGCAGAGGGUACUUGAAUAACUGCCUUAAUUUCUAAGCACUUGAUUAACUCAACACUGAAAACAGAUGGGAAAGAGGAAGGGAAGAGAAAAAACAACCACCCCUCCCACAAACCUACAGUCACAUGGUUUCCUGUUUCUCAGCUGCUUCUGUAGGAGCGUUUUACAGAGGAAUGUCAGGCAGCUGUUUCCAAAAUGGAGCAGCAGCAUCAGAUCUUUAUUUUUUAGACUGUGGAUGUUUACUUUGAAAGUUCCGAUUGAUUCUUUCCCAAGUUCUUUGGUUCGGUUUAGGCCUUAUUCGAAUGAAACAUGGCACCUUCUUGGAAGCCUAAUGGCAGUAAGGGAGGAAUCUGCAUUGCUUAAAUGUCUUUGAAUGUACUUUUUUUUUUUAAAUUAAAAAUACUACCAGCUUUCUGGGUCACUGCUAAGGCCUAACAGGGCUAGAGGACUGCAGCAUUCCCAGACCAAAUUGCAGCCUGCAUGACAGUCAUUUCAAUCAACGCCCCAGACCGGAUUGGGCUGCACAGCAUGACCUGGAUCACUAGAGCGAAUCAAGUGGCUCUUACACAGACCUGCCAAGUAGAAACCUCUUUGCUUUUUCUGAUCCCAUGAGACACAGACACUAUUUCCCAGGUAGGAAGUAAAAGGACACCUUGAUUCGUUUGGUUAUUUUUGUUGUUGUUGUUUUGUUUUUUUUCUUUUACGACUGUGGCCAUCUGACUGACUGCAGGCACUACCAAUGGUGCCAGGCGUGGUGGUCUGAAUGCAGUAAGCAAAAACAGCAGUAAGGAAGUAUACGACCUACCAUACUGAGCUGCCAACAGCCAUGUGUCGAGGACACAAAGAUGAACUUGUGGAGAGGGAGUUACCUGUGCUGGUUUCCAAUAGGAUCUAGGUAUUUUAGUCAGAAGGUCAAGGAUGUGCCUCAUCAGAUCUGUCAAUAAAUGCAAAACAUGAAUGAUUUUAAAAAAGUCUGAAAAAAACGUAUACAAGACAAAACAUUUGCAUGCUAUAUUCCCAAAAUGGAGGGGGAUAUUCUUUUGAGUUAAUGCAUGUGAAAAAAAAAAUCCAGCACAGCUGAGUUCUUGAAUAUAUACGCUUGCUUUCCCAUUGAUUUUUCCUUCCAUGAGGGAAGGUUUGAGUACGAAGAGCAAUGUGUCUGGAUUUCGCCAUCACCCCCUCUGUUUUACGGCUCUGACAAAAAAUCUAACAGUGCCCUCCCACUCUUUCAUCUGGAUAAAAAACAUCAUGAAGCUGCUGAACGUUGAUUAAUCUGUGCAAGAACCCUCCUGCAACAGGUCCACGUGGAACCUCGUUCAUUGUUAAAAACAUACAAAGGUAUCUUAUUAUUUUAAACCCUACAUAUACACGCUGGCUCCACUGGGUUAUUAGGUGGAAUGCUGGCAAAGAACUAAAACAAUUGACGUUCACAUUUAUAUCUAGUUCAACCACAAGUUGUAGGGCUAGCAGCUGGGAUCACUGGGUGUAAUCGAAGCCCUAUGUCACACAGGAGGAUAGAUUAGAUGAUCAUAACAGUCCCUUAAAAUCUAUCAAUUGGUACUGAAAAAUGUUGUCGGCAUAUGAAUACCAAAAAUUGCAGCAGAUGCCUUUAAGUGUCAGAGCAGGGCAUCAAACAGAGAGUUUUAAGUGCUUAAUCGUGCCGUAACUCUGCUGAGGCUGAGGGAGGAGAGCUGCUGGAAAAGUGGUCUCUGAGAGGGGUCAGCUAGUAUAGCUACUCUUACACAGAUGCCUCUUCUCUUCCUGCCCGCUAUCGUCAUCAGAGAGACGAUAAGUCAACAAGCCACACACACGCACGCUGCCUUUAAGAAGAGAGAGGUACAAGUGGAAUCUAGUGGAAGGAAUAAAAGACCCUAAACAAAACAACAUUUCAAAGCCCAUUGGGGCAUCCAUAUCUUUCAAGACUUCCAAGGUCAUGUGAACUGAAGUGCUGGUGGUAAAUGUUAAGUGCCUGGUACAUGGUUGUUUGCAAGUCUUUUUUCCUGGUGUGCAGGAGAAAUGCCACAAAUGUAAGAGUUGGUCUCCAAGUUCUGUUGCUGUGGUAGAGUUCUCUUGGGCAAGGGCAGAAAAAACAUUUUCACUUCAGCAUCUAAAGUGCCCUGCAAAUUUAACUCAAGCUUUGGCAAAAUUUCCAUAUUCCCAAUGCAGCAAGCAAGUUCUAAGCUCUCAACUCUGUAUCCCAGAUGCCGCAUCUCUCUGCACAAGUUUCAUGUGAGGAAGACAUUAUGGGUAGGUGUGUAGCAAGCCAGAGCACAGGAAGUCGUAGAAAGGUCCUGUUUCAGGACGUAUUACAUUGACUUAAAAUAAAUCUAAUAAACCAUGCAAUAGAAA